AGAAAUUUACCAAAAAAACCCCGUAAACUUUGCACGUCCCUGUCACAAAGCAAAAUCAUCAUCCACUUGAAUAUUCCGGAAUCCAAUAUCUUUCCACUCCAAACACCCCCUCCCUCAAUACUAAAAUGAAUCUAUAAAUAUAUUUUUAAUUCAAAAAAUAGAAGUUUUUCAUUUUUGUUCGGCUUGGAAAGCGUUCCAUCUCAUUUUCCUCUCCGAUAUUUCUCGCGACUUACUCAACGCCUUGCCUUCUUUAUUCUUCGCUGAAUCGCUUUCUCUGUUUUUUCUUUCUUUUUUUUUUCCCGUUUUCACUGUUUUAUUUUAUUUUAUUUUUUACUUCUUCUUGAUCUUAUAUUAUACGUAUGAUAAUAUAUAUACCUGGAAGUUUCCGAUUUGCGUUCUGGCGGUGAUUCACAGCGGAAGAGUUUUCCGUCGCAGUGUUCUUUUUUGUUCGCUGAGAUUACUUUUCUUUUUUGAGAUAUAAAGAGUAAAAGGAAGAUUCAGAGAUGGUAGGAGCAGGAGAUGGAAGAGGAUAUAAGAAGAUAAUUGUUGGAAUUUGCGUCAUGGAAAAGAAGGUGAAAUGCGGAAGCGAGGCUUUUUCAGCUCCAAUGAGACAGAUUUUGGACAGGAUUAAGGCUUUUGGCGAAUUUGAGAUUCUCCAUUUCGGUGAUAGGGUUAUUCUUGAAGAUCCUAUAGAAAGCUGGCCAAUCUGUGAUUGUUUAAUUGCAUUCUACUCCUCUGGAUUUCCCCUAAAGAAGGCUGAAGAAUAUGCUGCUUUAAGGAAACCGUUCCUUGUGAAUGAGUUGGAGCCACAACACCUUCUUCAUGAUCGACGGAAGGUAUACGAGCGACUUGAAAUGUUUGGUAUCUCUGUUCCAAGAUAUGCCCUUGUAAAUAGAGAAGAACCAUACCAAGAGCUGGAUUACUUUAUUGAAGAUGAAGAUUAUGUUGAGGUCCAUGGAAAUCGUUUUUGGAAGCCAUUUGUGGAAAAGCCUGUUGAUGGGGAUGAUCAUAGUAUAAUGAUUUAUUACCCUAGCUCAGCAGGUGGAGGCAUGAAGGAAUUAUUUAGGAAGGUUGGAAACAGAUCAAGUGAGUUCCAUCCUGAAGUUAGAAGAGUAAGACGUGAAGGUUCUUAUAUAUAUGAGGAGUUUAUGCCAACUGGAGGAACAGAUGUCAAGGUCUAUACUGUUGGUCCUGAAUAUGCACAUGCUGAGGCUAGGAAGUCUCCUGUUGUUGAUGGUGUUGUUAUGAGAAAUCCUGAUGGAAAAGAAAUCAGAUAUCCUGUUUUGCUGACACCUAAUGAGAAGCAAAUGGCUAGGGAAGUUUGCAUUGCAUUUAGGCAAGCGGUGUGUGGGUUUGAUCUUUUGCGUUCUGAGGGGCGGUCAUAUGCUUGUGAUGUGAAUGGAUGGAGUUUUGUGAAAAAUUCACACAAGUAUUAUGAUGAUGCUGCUUGUGUGUUGAGGAAGAUGUUUUUAGAUGCAAAAGCACCUCAUCUUUCUUCAGUAAUACCACCAACAUUACCAUGGAAAGUAAAUGAGCCUGUCCAGCCUUCUGAAAGACUUACACGCCAAGGAAGUGGAGUCAUUGGUUCAUUUGGGCAGUCUGAGGAGCUACGUUGUGUUAUAGUUGUUAUUCGACAUGGUGAUAGAACUCCCAAGCAGAAGGUGAAAUUGAAGGUUACUGAGGAAAAUCUUCUAAACUUGAUGCUAAAGUACAAUGGGGGACGACCCAGAUCUGAGACAAAACUUAAAAGUGCUGUUGAACUGCAAGAUUUAUUAGAUGCCACAAGGAUGCUUGUACCCAGACCAGGUGUUGGAAGUGAUAAUGAAGCUGAAGAUCUUGAGCAUGCUGAAAAGCUUCGUCAAGUUAAGGCAGUACUUGAGGAGGGGGGACAUUUUUCUGGUAUUUACAGAAAGGUUCAAUUAAAGCCCCUUAAGUGGGUUAAAGUUCAAAAAAGUAAUGGUGAAGGUGAAGAAGAACGGCCUGUUGAAGCUCUGAUGGUUCUUAAGUAUGGGGGUGUGCUUACACAUGCUGGGAGGAAGCAGGCAGAAGAACUGGGUAGAUAUUUCCGAAAUAAUAUGUAUCCAGGUGAAGGUACUGGCCUGCUUCGCCUACAUAGUACAUAUCGUCAUGAUCUGAAAAUUUACAGUUCUGAUGAGGGCCGUGUGCAGAUGUCUGCAGCUGCUUUUGCUAAAGGCCUACUUGACCUUGAAGGGCAGCUAACGCCAAUCCUGGUCUCCCUUGUUAGCAAGGACUCCUCUAUGUUAGACGGACUUGAGAAUGCGAGCAUUGAGAUGGAAAAAGCGAAGACUAGACUGAAUGAAAUUAUAACUUCAGGUGCAAGGACAAUUCCUAGUAAUGGAACAUCUGAGUGUCCUUGGAUGGUUGAUGGAGCUGGAUUGCCUUCUAAUGCUUCUGAGCUCCUUCCCAAACUGGUAACUUUGACUAAGAAGGUUACUGAACAAGUCAGAGUACUUGCCAAGCAUGAAGAUGAGAAUCUUGCUGAGACAAGCCCGUAUGAUGUGAUUCUCCCAUAUGACCAAGCAAAGGCACUUGGUAAGACAAAUAUUGACAUUGAUCGUAUUGCUGCUGGAUUGCCUUGUGGUAGUGAGGGAUUCCUUUUGAUGUUUGCUCGGUGGAAAAAACUUGAAAGAGAUUUGUAUAAUGAACGUAAAGAACGUUUUGAUAUAACUCAAAUUCCUGAUGUUUAUGACUCUUGCAAAUAUGAUCUUCUGCAUAAUGCGCAUCUUAAUCUAGAAGAUUUGGAUGAACUCUUCAAAGUUGCCCAGCUUCUUGCAGAUGGUGUCAUCCCUAAUGAAUAUGGGAUUAAUCCAAAGCAGAAGCUAAAAAUCGGUUCAAAGAUUGCACGCCGUUUGUUGGGCAAAAUUUUGAUUGAUCUGAGGAAUACUCGUGAAGAAGCCCUUCAUGUUGCUGAAGUAAAGUGUAAUCAAGACAACUGUUCAAACUCAACCAAAACUGCAAAGGCUAAUACAGUUUUUCCACCAAACAUUUCCAUCAAGACUGAUGACAUAAGAAGAUCUAAUACCACAAGUGAAAUGUCAAUAGAUCAAGAUGAUGAUGAUAAUAAAGAGACCAAAUACCGUUUGGACCCAAAGUAUGCAAAUGUCAUGACACCUGAGCGCCACUUGCGAACGCGCCUUUACUUCACAUCAGAAUCGCAUAUUCAUUCCCUCAUGAAUGUAAUUCGGUACUGCAACCUAGAUGAAUCUCUUCAGGGAGAAGCUGGUCUAGUUUGCCAGAGCGCUUUGGAGAGUUUGUAUAAAACGAAAGAGCUUGACUACAUGAGUCACAUUGUGAUAAGAAUGUUUGAAAACACAGAGGUAGCUUUAGAAGACCCACGACGGUUCCGCAUUGAGUUGACAUUUAGCCAUGGUGCAGAUUCAUCCCCAUUGGAGAGUAACGAUGGCAAGGCUGCUUCACUGAACCAGGAACAUACGCUGCCGAUAAUGGGUCCAGAAAGGCUGCAAGAUGUUGCAUCCUAUCUCACAUUAGAGAAAAUGGAAAAGAUGAUUAGGCCAUUUGCAAUGCCAGCAGAAGACUUCCCUCCUCCAUCUACUCCGGCCGGGUUUUCUGGGUACUUCUUGAGAAGCGCCCUGGUGCUUGAGCGUCUGGUAAAUCUUUGGCCUUUCCAUAAGAAUGCUCAUACCAACGGAAAGUAACAACUAAGAAGUUAGUUCUCCAUUUCCCUCCUUUUAACUUGUUUUUCCCAUUCUUUUUGGUUUUUUGUUCAAUUUUCCCAUUCUUUUUGUUUUACCAUUGAUGCAUCUUUGUUUUCAUUUUUUUACCUCUGGUUAAAAUAACGGCCAAGAGAGGUCUUAAGCACUUUGCUCGAGUAAAUACUUUUCCCCCCAGACUUUCAACAAAAAGAAAGUUGUUGGAAGAAUUUUGGAAAUUGUAUAACUUUUCUCUCAUUAAUGCAAUUUUCUUAUUUGAUCAAAGAAAAAUGUCGGAUGGUUGGUAGGUUUGGUUUAUGAGUUGGUUGGUCGGGCACUUUAUCCUCCUUUUUUCAUUAUCAGUUGAGAUUAGUCGAUAUAGUGUUAUAAUCCUUCAAAAGAUAAGUUUUUAACAAAUAGAACAGAAACAAGCAAUGCAUGUUAGAAGAUUCGUACCUUCUAAACACUUGUGAAUGGAAAAGGAUAAUAUAGUUUCCAAUCUUAGAUCCACUCAACAUCAGACAGGAUACAUAAGAAUAAACAUGUUAACAUUAAAGCAACACAUAAGGGGGAUUGUGGGGCGAUGAAAAGAAAAUGAAUGCAAGCGAGGAACCAAUCAUUGUUCCACAACAAAGAGUUUAAACAUAAUCAAAUUCAGGGAAAUCCCAUUUGACAUUAUUAAUGGAGAAUAUACAAGCUGAAAGUUCAAGCAGCAGCUACCAGAGCCCUGUGUUUCUCAAUUUUCUUCUCAAGAUCAUUCUUUUGGGCUCCAACCACCCUAUCCACUUCCUUCCCUUUCUUUAGCAACACGAAAGUUGGCA